AUGGCUCUGACUGCCUGCUCAUCCCGCGUCUUACUCCGCUCUUCCUCCUUCGCCUUCCCAGUCUCUGCUGUGUCUAAGUCACGCUCGUCCCUGCUCCUGUCAGGCUCCCAUCGAAUUCUCUCGUCGCCUGUUCCUGAAUCCCCUACAAGCUUGCUUGUUUCUCGGAGUUUGAGUUCCACUAGUGUGCACCGCGUCAAGCGUUCUUACCUUCCGCCUCGAAGAGCGCCCGCCCCAUCCUCUGCGACAAACACUCGUGGACUUACCACCCGCAGCAUUGUCGCAAUGGCGGAAAGCAACGAGGAAGCUGCCGCUAAGGCAGCCUCGGCGGCUGCUGAUUCAGGCAACCCCACCAUAUUCGAUAAGAUUGUGCGCAAGGAAGUUCCUGCUAAUAUCGUGUAUGAGGACGAUGAGGUGAUGGCCUUUCGAGACAUCAGCCCCCAGGCGCCAGUGCACAUCAUUCUCAUACCCAAGAACAGGGACGGCCUCACACAACUGUGCAAGGCAGAGGAGAGGCAUGCAGCAAUCCUGGGAAAGCUGCUGCUGGCAGCGCGGAAGGUAGCAAUCAACGAGGGCCUUGUGCCAAACGGGUAUCGCAUUGUCAUCAAUGACGGGCCCGAUGGAUGUGAGUCCGGGAAGCUUGGAGGAACGAGGAUAGGAGGGUGA